AUGACGGCCGAGUACGAAGGUUCCGCGCCGGCCGGCCGGGUUCAGUCGUCGAGCUCGGCCAGCCAGCAGGCGGGAGUGUUCCCAAACGGCCACCUGGGCCACCUGAACGCCGUCCAGGAGGAGGCCCUGGGGCGCUUCAAGGCCGCGCUGCAGGACAAGAAGCUGUGGCGCCCGGGGCCGCCGCCGUCGCACGACGACCAGACGCUGCUGCGGUAUCUGCGGGCGAGGCGCUGGAUCGUGGACGAUGCGCUGGCCCAGUUCAAGGACACGGAGGAGUGGCGGGCGGCGAACAACAUUGACACGCUGUACCGGACGAUUGAGCUGGACGCGUACGAGCAGAGCCGGCGAUUGUAUCCCCAAUGGACCGGCCGCCGAGACCGUCGAGGCAUCCCUCUCUACGUCUUCGAGAUCCGCACGCUCGACUCCAAAACCAUCGCAAACUACGAGAAGCAGGGCGCCAACAGCACCUUUUCACAGGCCAAGACGGACGGCAAGACGCCUCCCGGCCUGCUGCGGCUCUUUGCCCUGUACGAGAACCUGACGCGCUUCAACCAGCCCUUUUGCACACAGCUGACGGACCGCGAACACCCCGACGUGCCCGUCACCAUGAGCACCAACAUUGUUGACAUCUCGGGCGUCGGGCUCAAGCAGUUCUGGAACCUCAAGGGGCACAUGCAGGCGGCGUCGCAGCUGGCCACGGCGCAUUACCCCGAGACGCUGGACCGCAUCUUCAUCAUUGGCGCGCCCGUCUUCUUCAGCACCGUCUGGGGCUGGGUGAAGCGCUGGUUCGACCCCAUCACCGUCUCCAAGAUCUUUGUGCUUGCGCCGCACGAGGUCAAGCCCACGCUCGAGGCCUUUAUCGAGCCCCGGAACAUCCCCAAGAAGUACGGCGGCGAGCUCGACUACACCUUUGGCCAGCUGGGCAUCCCAGAUCCUGCAUGGGACGGCGUCGUGCGGUGGGAGAAGGGAUACAGCUCGUUCCCUAGCGGGCCGCUGCUGUGGGAGGACGUCCCGGGCGAGGAGAGACUGGCGUGCGUGAGGCUUGGUGCGGAGAACGGCAAGCUGGUCAGGGAGGUCAUCUGCACGCUGCCCAGGACAUGGAGCCCUCCCGAGAGGACUGUGGACGAGUCGAACCAGACAGACAGCUCGGCCACCACCUCGACGAACACGGCCGCCACGACGAUCAACGACGCCUCCGACGGGACUCAGACCACCGAAGAUACUCUCGACGAGGCCACGCAGACCGAGGGGCCUGCCGAAGCCAUCGAGAAGCUGGCUCUUGACGACGACGACGACAAGGCCAAGACGCCAGAGGUGACGCCGAUACCUGCCGCCACUGCUGCUGCAUGAACGAGCACGAGCCCCCUUUUCUGUUCUGUCACAAUUUUCUUUUUCUCUCUUCAAACAUAAUAUUCUUGGUUUAGAGCCAUUUGAGUCAUUGCAUAUGCGCAUACAGAAUGCCUCGGGUUAUUUUAUUUUUUUUUUCAUGUCCGCACUUCCUUUCCGAUGGCAUUCAUGCAAAGGAGGGAAGGCGGACCAUUUGCAUUAUGGGCUUGUCGAGCUUCGCGAGAGCUUCUUUAAUCGGUGGAGAGGAAAGAGGAGGGAAACUGGAUCAGAUGAUUCGUGAUGAAAGUCGACUCGAUUCGACCGAGAUGUGUAUGGGGACUCUGGAGUAUUUCUCAAUCGGGCUGGGAAUGUAUUACUUGGACUUGGAAUAUACCAAAUAUCUACGGAG